GAAUAAAAAAUUAUUUGCUUCUAUAGAAUUUAAGGCAUUCUUCAACGUGGCAUUUGCAAAAAAAGUACUAGUGAAAAGAAAAUGAUGAUUUACGACUAUAUUUUAAUUUCUACACUCAUUGCAUCAUAUACAUGCAUGGGGCAGUCAAACUAUUAUAAUUUAAAAUGUGAAACGAUUGGCAUGUCAUGGGAAUCUGGAUUUAACGAUGGAUGCUCUUUUGUUUGUAAAAAAAGGAAUAAUAAUUACAAAGUCAAUAAUGCACCUUUCUUUCAAAAAGCUGAUACCUUUAGGGAAAUGAAAACUGAUGAUGGUUUUUUUUGCAGUAACAAUGGAUCCUGUUUAAAUGGAUCGUGCAUUAAGUUGAAUAAUACAUCAAUUCAUCGUUUGUUAGAAGCAUUUCAUCCUAUUGUUUCUAAAAAUAUGCAAUUAAACAGGGAAAAAUGUCAAGAGAAUGGAAUGUCUUUGGCAUUUGAAGUUAGCGAAGGUUGCAUUUUUGUUUGUGAAAUGAAAAGUGACAUAUCCAAUAAAAGAGGCUACGAAUUAAAAAAAAUUGUUUACGCUACAGAUGGAUCUAAUUGCAAAACAACUGGAUUCUGUCAUGAAGGAAUGUGUAUUAAUAAUAACAUAAAAAAUCCGGUAACUUCUAGUGAAAGAUGCAAAGAAGAAAACUUGACUUUCGUGGAAAAUUACAGCGAUGAGUGCACAACCACAUGCAUAGAUGAAUUCAACGAUGUCGAAGUAGAAUUCUUUGCUGAAAAUGGAUACCUUUGCGAUAAUAAUAAUGGAUUAUGUCAUGAAGGAAAGUGUAUUAAUACUGCAAAAGGUCCUACAAUUUAUAAAGUUACAGCUCCAACUCAAACUUCAACUUCAGCUCCAAAUAUUUAUAAGAAGUUUAAUCUUGAAUCUCCUAGUGAAAGAUGUGAAAAUGAAAACAUGAGUUUCGUUGAAAAUUACAGCGAUGAAUGCACAACUACAUGCAUAGAUGAAUUUAACGAUGUCGAAGUGAAAUUCUUUGCUGAAAAUGGAUACUCCUGCGCUAAUAAUGGAUUAUGUCAUGAAGGAAAGUGUAUUAGUGAGGGAGAAGGUCCGAUAGUUCCAAUUUAUAGAGUCACAACUCCAACUUUAACUAAGACUACUGCUAUAACUACAACUUCAACUCCAACUUCAACUACAAUUCCAACUUCAACGUCAACUCAAAGUUCGACUGCAACUUCAAAUUCAACUAACUUAAAGGAUCAUAAAUCUCCUAGUGGAAGAUGCGAAAAAGAAAACUUGACUUUCGUGGAAAAUUACAGCGAUGAAUGCACAACCGCACAUGCAUAGAUGAAUUCAACGAUGUCGAAGUAGAAUUCUUUGCUGAAAAUGGAUACCUUUGCGAUAAUAAUAAUGGAUUAAAGACCAAUUUUAACAAUAUUUAAAAAUCUAUUUUAAAUUUUAGUUGACGUUUUCUCCUCUUUUUUUCAGGUCUGUAAAGAACUUAAAUUUCACUAUGGUUUAUACUUAUUAAAACUUAAUCCCCUGAUUUUUUUAUUUUGUUUCAAAAAUUAAAAACAAAAAUUUUCUGUUUUUUUUUGUUAAUCUUCUUUGGAGCGUAUCAUAAAUGCGCGUAAUUAUAUGCAAAAAAAUUAUUGUAUUUUUCGAAACGCUUGCAUUUAUAUAUAGGUAUACUUCAAAAUAAAAUGCACAAUUUUAAUGAAA